ACUUCCUGAGCGGGGCUGGCUGGGUGGGAACAGGCUCCUCGCCGCCUCCCAAGCGCUGGCCACUACCACACGGCCGCCCGUCCGGGCCUCCCUCCAACCUCGUGCCAGAGCCCUGCGGUUUCCCCGCAGAGCCGGGCCCGGGACUGCUCCCUUGCGGGCGGGGCUCACCUGUCCCGGCCCGGCCCCCUCCCGCGCCCCAGGUGGCUCAGGGCGGCGAGGAGCCGCGCCCCGCCCUGCGCGGCCGCAGCCAACGCCGGCCCCAGGCGGGCGCGCUGGGAGCUGGUACCGGGAGCCGGGUGAGGGCGCCGAGAGGCCCGGCGGGCGCGGGCGGCGAGAUAGAAGAGUUUGGACCGCCUAGCACACAAGGUCAGCAUGCUGCUCCUCUGUCACACUCUCGCUAUAGCUGUUGUCCAGAUCGUUAUCUUCUCAGAAAGCUGGGCAUUUGCCAAGAACAUCAACUUCUAUAAUGUGAGGCCUCCUCUCGACCCUACACCAUUUCCAAAUAGCUUCAAGUGCUUUACUUGUGAAAAUGCAAGGGAUAAUUAUAACUGCAAUAGAUGGGCAGAAGACAAAUGGUGUCCACAAAACACACAGUACUGUUUGACAGUUCAUCACUUUACCAGCCACGGAAGAAGCACAUCCAUCACUAAAAAGUGCGCCUCCAGAAGUGAAUGUCAUUUUGUCGGUUGCCACCACAGCCGAGAUUCUGAACAUACGGAGUGUAGGUCUUGCUGUGAAGGAAUGAUCUGCAAUGUAGAAUUACCCACCAAUCACACUAAUGCAGUGUUUGCCGUAAUGCACGCUCAGAGAACAUCUGGCAGCAGUGCCCCCACACCCUACCUACCAGUGCUCGCCUGGGUCUUUGUGCUUCCAUUGCUGUGAUGCCAGCAUUCCUAGGAGAGGCAGAGACCAGCCUCUAAAGCACAAGCCAAAAACUGUGUGAACGAUGAACUUUGGAGUGAAGAUCAAUCUUGCACUUGGUGAAGAGUGCACAUUGGACCCCAAGGCGAAAACCAGUGGUUUGCUUUGAUAAAAUGUUCCCACAUGAGGCCACAGGACUGAGGAUGGGAAUUUGGCAGGGCCUGAGUAGAUGGUCUGACUUCCAGGCUUCCUGGUCAAAGAGAGCUACGUUUGGUCAGUUCUGCAGAGAGGAUCCUGGCAACUAGUCCCACCUGACUAGGCCUUUAGCUGAAAGAAUUUCGUGACCUACCUGACUGCCUCAGAGGCUGGCAGGUCAAACCCUCUUGUUUAUGUGAUUAGCUCAGAAUGUCUCUAUGAAAUCUAACCCUUCCCCUCACGAGAAAGCAGUUUUCCCCACCAACAGACUAGUGAAUGAGAAAGGCAACUGCCACGAAGAAAACUUCCAGUUCAACUAAUAUGAAAUCUAUUUGCUAAUUGUGGGGGGAAAUAAAGCUUUUAAAUUAUACCAUGUAAA